UGAUUUUUGCCGUAUUUCAUUUCCAAAUGUUGUUACCUAAACACGAGCUCAUCAAGUUCUUGGGAACCGCCAACGAAAAAUAGCCUGAUAACCUGGACCAACGUAACAAUUGAAUGGUUUAACAUACAACCGACCUAGAUUUGUGUGUCGAGGGCAAUCAAGCAGCGGUGAAGGAAGUGUAGCACAAAGUCCUUGUAAAGAUGAUGCGAAAUUUCGGGAUGUUAUCAAUAAGAAGGAGCAGCUGGAUGGCCCGCUGGUGCUCCAAGGAGCGGGCGUGGGCGUCCGCCAUGCGGCUCAAUGCACCCGCUCCUGCAGCGUGCCACCAAAAGCUGUUGAAUUGCCAUAUAGCCGGUAGCCUCCAGCAAAGUCAGAGUCUCCACGAGAGCACCAACGCGGAAAGGAAUCCCAGCAGCACCAAAGAUAACGCGAGGAAGCCCGAGGACCUGGACCGAGCCUACGAGGUGCUGAGAACCACGCUGCCCAAGUUGUUCGUGGAGCCACUGGACUAUUCCAUAUACAGCCCGGGACUCAUCUUCCAGAACAACAUCACGGGCAAGCACACGGUGGGCCUGUAUCACUACGUCAAACAGAUCGCCAUUCUGCGGACAGUGGGGCACCUGAAGUACGCCUACGUGAAGUUCGAGGUCCUCAAGAUCACAAAGCACCAGGACGACUAUACGGUGAGGAUUAGGUGGCGAGUGCGGGGCAUUUCCGGCCUGAAGGUAAUGUUCCAGUUCUGGAAGUACAAAAUCUGGCAGCUGAAGGAAGUGCUGAAGGAUCAGGAGGCCUGGUACGAUGGGUACUCUGUCUGCUAUCUGGGCGACGAAGGGCUGAUUGUAAAGCACGUUGUUGACAAAGUGAUGCCCGACGAGAAUCGAGAGGCUGUUGAGAACACUUCUGCGUCGGCGCUGCCUCCGGGAUCCUUGGCGGCGACCUCUUCCCAGAAGAUCAACUGCCAAUGAAGUCGUAGCUAGCUUUAAAUGUUACUUAUUUAUUGUAUUACUAAACGUAAUAAAGAGAAAUUGUGAAAAUGUUUA